CAGAGGAAAGAGAGAGGGAGCUUUUGAACUCCCAGUAGCUGUCAGGAUUUUUGGCUCGUUGGCACACGCUCUCUUCCCCCUGUUCAGCUUCGUCUCUGCAUUGCACACACACACACACACAUACACAUACACACACACACAGAGGCGCUCUCCGUAGAGAUCCAGCGGAUGGACCCUUUCACACACACCAGUCGCGAGGAACAGCCCUGAGGACGAGGCAGGCACACAGCGCCAUACAUGGAGCAAACUUUAACUCUCAGCUCUACUACAGUGGGAUCCAGUUGCAGGGGUGCUGCAGCCAGACCAGCUUGAACAGUAAUGGUAGUCUUCCAGGCAGCCAUCCAGAACAGCGUGUGGCCAGCUGGGCCACCUGCUUUGAACGCCUACUCCAGGACCCCGUGGGCGUGCGUUACUUCUCGGAAUUUCUCAAGAAGGAAUUUAGUGAGGAGAAUAUCUUGUUCUGGCAGGCCUGUGAAUACUACAGUCACGUUCCUGCAACAGAUAAGAAGCAGCUGUCCCAGAAGGCAGGGGAGAUCUACAACAGCUUCCUGUCCAGUAAAGCUACCAUGCCGGUCAACAUCGACAGCCAGGCCCAGCUGGCCGACGAUGUCCUCACAUCACCGCGACCCGACAUGUUCAAGACUCAGCAGCUGCAGAUUUUUAACCUGAUGAAGUUCGACAGCUACUCUCGUUUCCUCAAGUCGUCUCUCUACCAGGAGUGUUUACGCGCUGAGGUGGCCGGCCAGCCCCUGCCGGACCCUUACCAUAUACCCUGCAGUCCCGCGCCCUCCAAACACAGUGCCAGCUCAGACCGCUCCACCCUCUCCACGCCUAAAAAGGACUCCAGAAAACCAAAAUCAGGGAAGUCGCCAAACGAAGACAGCCGCGAAGAGAGCGCCGAUAAGAAACGCGGAAUCUUCUUCUCGUGGUCUCGCAACAGGAGCUUCGGGAAAGGCCCAAAAAAGAAAGACAUCGGGGACAUUCACCUUGACUACACUAGCAGUAAUGGACGCAGGGAGUCCCAGGGCUCCUUGUCAUCCAGCGCGAGUCUGGAGAUUCCCUCUUCCAGCAAGAUUGAGUCCGAUAACCGGCACUCGGUGGGGGCGUGGGAACGCUCUCCCAGACCCUGUAGCGUGCUGCUUCCCGACGGCUCGUGCUCCUCCAUCACCCUUCGACCCGGAGCUUCCAUCAGAGAGGUCCUGCAGGAUCUGUGUCAAAAUAUCUGUGUCAACAUUGCUGCUGUUGACCUCUUCCUGGUGGGGGGAGAGAAGCCUUUGGUGCUGGACCAAGACUGCCUGACCCUCUGCUCACGAGACCUCAGACUGGAGAAGCGUACUCUAUUCAGGUUGGACCUGGUGCCCAUUAAUCGCUCCGUGGGACUGAAGGCCAAACCCACCAAACCAGUCACAGAGGUCCUCCGUCCCGUUGUGGCCAAAUAUGGACUCAGUCUCAGUGAUCUGGUCGCAAAAGUAAGCGGAGAUACCGAGCCUUUGGAUUUGGGCGCUCCCAUAUCCAGUCUGGACGGGCUGAGGGUGGUGCUGGAGCGGGCGGAGCCGUGUUCAGUGAAAGAGAAAUCCAAGUCUUCCUCCCUGAAGAACCACCCUCCUACCAGGAGCUAUUCUGCAGCGGGAGAUGAGAGGUCAACACCAAAGGACUUUUCUGUGAGGGCGAGUGGACCAGACUCGGCACCCCCAGAGGGGAAGAGAAAACAGAAACAGAUAAAUAUAGAUGCAGCUGGAGAAUUCUUUGAGCUUCUGAUUCGAGCUCAAAGCUCGCGGGCCGACGACCAGCGUGGCCUUCUCAACAAGGAGGACCUGGUGCUUCCUGACUUUCUGAGACUGACUCCGCCCACCUCUUCCUGCUCCGUCACCUCCGACCUGGCCUGCUCCACACCCGCCUCUUCAAAGCAGAGCCGGGAGAAUGGCGUCUCACAGCGGGGGGCCCUCUCCGCUGGCCUGCGCUCUGAAAGCCUGGACUCGUCCCUCAGCUCCAGCGCCAACGGACACUCCGCGGCCCGGCGCUGCCUGCUGCUCCCUCCUCGACACCACUCCACCUUCGGCACCCACCUCUCCCCUAUUCCACGGCCCUCGGACGUCCGGCCCAGCCUCCGCACGGUGGAGGAAGACGCCCCCGCCGACCUGACGCUCGUCGGCGAGGGUGACAUCAGCAGCCCCAACAGCACCCUCCUGCCACCCUCGCCAUCGCCCGCCGCUUCCUUCAACAGCAGCCUCCCCGAGGCCAACUUCACUCCCCCACCCCCCUGCUCCCAGUCUCGGGACACAGUUGGAGAGGGAAAGUCCACUUCAGAGGGAGGAACAGAAACCACCCACGGCAUCAAAUCACCUGCUGACAGAGCAGAUGCGGCACGCACGCAGCUUCAGGACGUGAUGGAUGUGGAGGGAGUGCAUCUAGAAGAAGGAAAGCUUGAAACGUCCCAGGGAGAGGACUCUGAGCAUAGCUUGAGUUUCCAGGGGUAUGUUGCAGAGCUGCGGCAGUGCCAGAGCAAGAUGAGGAAUGCCCAGAUUCCCCAGAGUGGCCACAUCCCACCAGAGGGCAAAGACUGCCAGUCGGACCUUUACAAGGCCACGAUUGUCUAAAGGGAAACCCGCCCCUCCUUACGACUACUGCACUUUUAGGCCCGAGGCACUAGAUAUCUAAUAGAAAACUAGUUAAAUGAUUAUCUGCAUUUAAGAGAUGUCUAUAUUUUUUGUCCAAAUGAGAAAAAAAUACCAAUUUCAUGGAGAUAAAUGUUGUAUAUUUCUUUAAAAUUCAGGACUUUUGAUGUUAAAUUUUAGUUAUGUCACUUUGGAUCGGUGAUAGAUAUUUUUUCUAUGGACUAAUUAGUUCAGAUAUUUUAAAGUGGGCUUCAGUGAAAUGCUAUAAAACAGUUAUUAUCUCAAAUGUUCUUCAGAGUGGAGAAAAGAAAAUGAGCUCUGAACUUUUAAGCUCUGGGGCCUUUUCCACCAUACCUACCCAACUUGGCUCAACUUGGUUUGGCCUGGUUCCAAUUUGUUUCUAUUAGUAAUUGGUAUCAGUUUGUCGUCCUCUUUUCGGAUCCAGUGGUUCUGAUGGACCUUUUCCAACAGCACCACUCAGCCCAAAACAACUCGACACAGCCUGGGUUAACUUAGCUCACCUCAGAGUAGUUGGUUUUCCCUGCUAGCUCUGUCAUAGCAACGGGGGUGGGGGGGUGGAGUGCCCGCAGCAUACGCUUGGGGCUGCACAAUCUCUAUAUGAGACAAAAUUUAUUUAACGUUUAUUUAUUUAAAAUAGUGUGAGGUGAUCAGUAGAGAGUGAGGGGGUCUGUAUGCUACACAGAAACACAACUCAGCACAAACAUGGCGGUGUUGGACAUUCUGCUCAGUUUGAUGGCUUUUAUCAGACUCUGAACCAGGAAAUGGCUGCAGGCAGCAGCCAGAAAGCUCCGGAGCAACCAGUGACUCCACCCACUAGCCAAUCAGAGUCCGACAGUCACAAUUGGGCCAUUCCCAACUGUACCGGAUCGGCCCGGGCCGGGUAGCGUAGGUUGUUUACAUAUCUGGGUGGCCUGGUAUUUUUCCGGGCCAACCAAGGCUCAUUCUCAGCCCUCUUCUCGAGGAGGUGUGCUUCAGGCCGACCAGGGCCAACACACCCACUGCUGACAGCAAAUUCACACCUUCCAUUAGAGCAAGCCUCUGAUUGGUGGGUAGAAUCAGCCCACAUGGGCUUAAGACAAGGAUGUGUGGAAUCAACUGGGCCAGGCUGGGGCCGACUGGGGCUACCCGGCCCGGGCCGACCCGGUACAGAUGGGAAUGGCCCAAAUGAUGCACAGCUCAGCCCUUUGAACCACAACGGGAUAGGAACUGAAAAGUAGAGGGGAAGAGGGCUGAUACCAAACUGUGUUGUUGGAAAAAGCAGCCAGACCAAGCUGAACCCUCCAGUCGCACAGUAGUGUAGUUGGAAAAGGACUAAGCAUACCAAGCUGGGUUGAAGACGUAUAUUUUUUGAGAAAGGUGUCAGUUUGUUUGAAUGAAGAAAGAGAACACAACAGUUUUUGCUAAAUUGCUGGAACACGCAAAGAAAACAUGAUGAGUUCACGUGUUCUUAUCUGUAAGCGACUCAUUCAGUGUGUUUACAUGCACAUCAGAUAUAAGCUGUGCUGCAGCGUUGUUGUUGUUGUCCAUUUCUGCAGCUGUUGUGCAUAUCCUGUUUCAAUUCCUGCCAGUGUUUUAUUACUAUUUGCAUUGCUAUACGUUAACCGGAAGAAUGCCAAUAUGAAAGGGGCAUGUCGCCACCUACUGUACCAGAGUGGAACAAACUUUAUUUGAGAGGCCCGUUCUCUAAUGCGCAUGUAAACUAGGAUAAAGUCUCCCAGCUUAUUUCCAUAAGAUCAACCUAAAUCAUAUUAGAUGUUGGUCAGUCGCAUGUAACCGCACUGAUUGAAAAGUCACCUGACUCUUCUCACCUGAAAUAGCAAACCUAAUUUAAAUGCUAACCGUUAUAGCCGUUUUUUAUGGAAUUACUGCAAGAUGCAAAUUCCCAAAGCCGCACAAGACGUGCUAAAGCUAGCUGCUACUGCAGCCAUUUACAGCACUUUGAAGGUUUAUGAAAUAACAUUUUUUGUGGUAAGAAUUGGUUGUAAACGCCUCUAGCUUGUCAUUCUAGGCACACCUCAUAGCUAAAUGCAAAUCUCCAAAUGGAGGCUUUUAAGAGUUUUGUAAACCUUUUCACGAAGACCCACUUUAUAUGAUCUGAACUAUGACAUUUUAAAUGAAAUGUAAUUCUUCUUUUUGCCAUGAUAAACUGAAAUAUAAAACAGUACCAUCUUGAAUCUUACUUUUUGAUACCAUUGUCUGAAGAUGUAUUCCAUGUUCUCAGUGAAUUGGUGAAUCUAAUGUUAAUCUACAAAGUGCCCUCUUAUCUGCUUUCUUUGCUAGUCUUCUGUUGUGGGAGGCAGUUAGAUGUAGUAGAAACGUUAAAAAUAAAUACUGUUAAGUGAAUUUACGGUUUAAAUCUCCACAUAUUUGUCAAACCGCUGUUGACCGUUAGAAGAUGGCACUCAAUAGAGACCACAUGGCAGGCAGGACUUUGUUUUUAGGAUCAGCCAGGAAGAAAGACAGUUUUCUAAAGCAUUUGGCUCUUUCUGUUGUCUUCCCAUGUUUUACUGAUCACAUUAGACAGUACUUCUAUUGUCUGUAUUUUAUUCUUCUGUGGUUUUGUUAUCGUCCAGAUUGUUAAACAAUUAAAAUGCUUUCACGGC